AUGAUCACAAAUUCGACGAUCCCAAAUGAAAAACGCCUGACCCUCAUCAAGAGUGCAAUUGAGACAAUGGAACGGGCCGGUCAUGGGGCGCUGAGAAUAGAAGCAAGCCAUGCGACUCUAAUUCCUAUCUGGAGGCAGGUUGACAACGCAAUGCACAGCGCAAGACGAGAUCACCACGAUGGCUAUGAGCUCGCACAGGAAUGGUGCCGCAUCGCACUUGAUGCUCGGGUUUUUCAAAAUUGCUCUGAAUCAAACCGACAGAAGAUUCAAAGGAGGCUGGUAGCAUGUGCUUUGCACACUUCCAACACGGAUCUGGCUCGUGAAAUACUAGACCAGAUACCAGUUCCUGAUGCUCUCGGGCUACACGAACAGAAUGCCGAUGCUGAAGAGAAGUACAAGUCCUAUGCCCAAACCUUCUAUUUGCGCUACAAGCUGGCGUUAUCUGAUGACGAGGGUGGUGUUGAAUACAUUUCCGGCGAAACUACCAGCAAGUUUCUUCCAUGGCGCCUGAAAUACUUACAAUCAUGCGGAAUAGAGGCUCAGCGACUGAAUGAGUCAGAUGAGGUAUUCCUAUGUGUUUCUAAUUUCUGGGAUCUCAACUCUCAGGAAGCGGAUAAUUUCACGUUUCCAAUUUCACUAAUUUUGGUGGAGAUGAAGGACGGCAAGUGUGAUGAAGAACAGCUAGGGCUCAUGUGUAAUAUGUUUGACUCGGCACGUUGUGCAAGAAAAUUCUCAACCACGGAGCUGAAAUGGUUCAUCCGCAAGAGCUUUGAAGCAGCCUGGAUGUUUUUGAAAAAGAACUCUCAGCCCGAUUUCAUCAAUACUCUUCUGUCAUGCUCAGAGGAGUUCGGAUUCAUCUACCGAGACAAAUCAGAAAAGCUCGGCCAGGAAAUCGACUGGGCGGAGUUCCAGCAUCUGGGAUAUCUCUGCUACUACGUCAAUCUUCUUCAACGCAUCCCCAAGGCCCGUUCUGAGACAGACAUGGCUAGCAAGAAAUAUUGCUACAAAGGGAUUCGUUUUUGCGUCCACAGCCUCAGGAGGAAGUAUUUGGAGCAGGGAGAUGAGGAUGAGAUGUGGCACGAGAGAGAGUCAAAUCUACAUUUCAUAGCAUUGCUGGCUGAUUUUGAGGCCGCCAUCGUUCUCGAGCAUUGGCGACCCCAAGAGAGGCUCCCGAGUCUAUUCUCAAUCAUCGAAGAGGCCGAGUACGUUCUUGAUGACAGCAUUUACCGGUACUUCAUGGGUUCGAUCCUUCGAUCGGAUGCCCCCAGACAAGAAAAGAUCUUGGUGAUCAAGACCAUCAUUUCCGAAAUGCAGAGCAUGGAAAGGAGAUACAACUUCUCCUGCCGCCAAUACCUACCGCAUUACCUGCGCUGCCUAUUCCAACUGGCCAUCUCCCCGGAAUCCGCCACCUCCCCAACAUCAGAAAGUUCAUCUUCACCAACAUCAACAACCGGGGACCUGGAGCUAGCCGAAACCGUACUCGACCAAGUUAUUCUUCUGGCAAUGCAUGAAGCAUACCUAGCAAGUCGCGAUCACGCUGCGAUUCACAGCCCCGACCAAGAAGGGGGACCAUUGUGCUUCCACUUCCCCUAUCCAGCCGAGGAGCUUGUGCGGUUUGCUACCAUAUCGUUCAACCAGGCAGCGGAUUUCUACCGCGCGUCCAGGGAUGAGGAUUGUCGGCGCUGGGCUGAGAAGGCUAUUCAGGUCGCUACUCUUAUUGACGGGCUUACGGGCGAGAAGCUUGUCAACUUGCUUCGGGAGAGACUACGGAAUUUGGUUUGA